AUGAAGAGAGGAUAUCCUUACUCUAGUGGUAAUCUUAAUUUUGGGUAUGAGUAUCAAUAUACUCCAAAAAAUGCAAAAGGAGGUGCAGGCACUCCAGGUGAAAUUGGACCACAGGGACCACAAGGACAACGCGGAGAGCGAGGAAUACAAGGAGUAAAAGGACCAAAAGGUGAUCCUGGGUCAGUAGGUCCACAAGGACAACAAGGUUCACAGGGACCUCAAGGAUCCCGUGGACUACAAGGACUACGAGGUCAACUUGGGCCAAUUGGUCAAACUGGACCUACAGGGGCACAAGGACCUCAAGGAGCACAGGGACCCCAGGGAAUUCCUGGUACUGCUGCAGCAAAAGGUGAUCCAGGUCCUCAAGGACCUCAAGGACCUCCAGGACCAACAGGAUCUCAAGGACGCACAGGUCCUGUGGGAUCGACAGGUCCUACGGGGCGUACAGGACCUACGGAAACGCCAGGUCGAAACGGUCCCAUAGGAAAUACAGGACCGCGAGGUGUUAAAGGAGAUGAUGGACCUCGAGGUGAAAAAGGUGACCAAGGAUCACAAGGACUGCAAGGACCAAAAGGAGAUAGAGGCACCCAAGGCAAUACAGGACCUCAGGGGCCACGAGGAGCUAAUGAAGUCAAGGGGGAUAGAGGUAUUCAAGGAGAUAAAGGUGACGUUGGUAAUGUAGGUCCUGCAGGACCUACAGGACAACCAGGACCGCAAGGACCACAAGGACAACAAGGACUACAAGGACUACAAGGAUCGCAGGGACCGCAAGGACAGCAAGGAAAACAAGGACCUCAAGGACCUCAAGGACCUGUAGGUCCUAGAGGCUCUGAUGGACAACAAGGACCUACUGGACCUACCGGUCCCAUAGGAAAUCUUUGUACUUUGGAAAAACGCCAGCUUGUAAUGGUCGAUAAAAGUUUUAAGAAGGUAGACUAUAUUGACACCCAAGGAACAAGUAGAGGUACUUACAGUACUUUUAAUUUUAGUGAAAGCGGUAGUUGGAAACCUGUAGGUCGUGGAAGAAAUUUAACAGCAACCAGAGAAAAAGAUGGAAGAAAGAUUCCCCUUUUAGGAGCACGCAAAGGUUUAGAAUUAAAACAGGAGACUGACUCAAGCGAUAGUCUAACAGCUGUCGUUUUUUAUGCAGCUGAUACUGAUAAGAGUCCAUAUGGGGUAAUAUUUGCUGUUAUGUUUCAUGGUAAUACAAAGCACGGUUUACGAAGUUAUCGAAAUGUAACUUUCGAUACAGCCGAGUCAGGGGUCACUUUAUUGACCCAAGCAGGAUCAAUAAAAAGUAUUGGAACAAUAAAAGUGUAG